AGGUGGACCGUGUGUGAGCCCCAUCUAAUCUGGGAAAAAGGGACUUUUGGCGUCUUCCUUGGCCCUGGGAAGACCAUGGCUCUCUCUGGGAUCUGUCGAGAGCCUUUGCUGGUGAUUUUACUGCAAAUCGUGCUGAUUUGCUCUGCUCAGAGGGGCCCGGUCGGACCCAGAGGCCCCGUGGGCCCGCCUGGAGUAGCUGGCGUGCCCGGAGUGGACGGCAUUGAUGGCGACAGAGGAGAAGACUCCACCGUGAACGGAGGACCAGGCCCUGAUGGCGAGAAGGGCAGAGACGGACUUCCUGGAGCUGCAGGCCUUCCAGGCGCAGAUGGACCUGUUGGACCUCCUGGAGAUCCAGGCUCAGUGGGCCUAAAGGGGCCAAAAGGAGAUCCUGGACCACGUGGGCCUCCCGGAGAGCCUGGUGUCGGACCUGACGGGCUCGAUGGAAUUCCAGGGACAGACGGCCUACCAGGUGAAAUGGGCAAAGCUGGACCACCCGGAGUGAGAGGAAAGAGAGGUCAAGUGGGUCCUACGGGUGCUGUCGGACCUCGGGGUCCUCCAGGCGUGUAUCAAGGCCAGGACCUGUGUCCUAACGCCUGCCCAUCUGGCCUGACUGGACAUCCCGGGCUAUCUGGUAUGAAAGGCCACAAAGGGGUUAAAGGUGAAUCUGGUGAGCCUGGGAGACAAGGACACAAGGGAGAGGAGGGUGAUCAGGGACCGCAGGGUGAAGUUGGAGCUCAAGGCCUACCAGGCCCAGGGGGAUCAAGAGGCCUCCCAGGAAUAAUGGGCUCCACAGGUGACAGGGGACCGCGUGGAAAACCUGGUGAUGUAGGUCCUCGUGGAAUCCAGGGCAGCCCAGGUGAUCCAGGCCAAAGAGGAGUUAUAGGUGAGGUCGGGCCACCAGGAGUGCUGGGGGAUCGAGGUCCUCUUGGAAUCAGAGGAGUACCAGGACCAAAAGGAGAAUCUGGUCUCCCUGGUCCAGAUGGCCGUGAGGGGAUACCUGGGCUGCCAGGAUCCAAGGGUCUUCCAGGGAAAAGUGGGGCUCCAGGUGACGCCGGCCCACAAGGACUUCCUGGUUUACCAGGCACAUACGGCCAAAAAGGAGUCAGCGGUGCAAAGGGAGUCACAGGUGAUCCAGGUGUUGUCGGACUGAUGGGGUCUUCAGGGAAACAAGGCGAGCGUGGCGAGCAGGGAGAGGUUGGACCUGCUGGACCCAGAGGAGGACCAGGUGAACGAGGCGAGAGAGGGCAUGACGGGCCUCCAGGAUCACCAGGAGCCAGAGGAAGCAAAGGGGAUCCAGGCCUUCCUGGACUUCCUGGUCCUGCUGGUUAUCGUGGCCAGAAAGGCGACAGAGGUGCCGUUGGUCUUGAUGGGGCAAAGGGAGAGCAGGGACCUGCAGGUGCUGAAGGAACACCUGGAGAGCACGGAGACAUGGGUGACCAAGGAGAACCAGGAGAGAAAGGCUCGACAGGCCCACCAGGAGAGACGGGAAAUAAAGGACCUGAGGGCGGUCGAGGUCAGCCGGGGAAAGAGGGCAAGGCAGGCCAACCGGGACCCCGCGGCAUGCAGGGCAACAUGGGGGUACCAGGCCUGCCGGGGGCACAGGGACCAGCGGGAAAAUCACCCACCGAUACGCACAUCAAACAAGUCUGCAUGAGAGUAAUGCAAGAGCAGCUGGCCCAGCUAGCCGCCAGCCUUAGGAGGCCUGAGUCAGGCAUCGCUGGGCUACCUGGUCCUCCCGGCCCACCUGGACCUCCAGGCCCCGCCGGAGAGAACGGUUUCCCUGGACACACCGGAUCUCGAGGUCUUCCCGGACUGAAGGGUCCACCUGGGCUAAUGGGUCGCAAAGGACCCAAAGGUGACCAGGGUGACAAAGGGGACAGAGGACCCACAGAAAGAGGACCCAAAGGAUUACCAGGUGCACCCGGCCUGCCAGGUGAACCUGGCCGACCAGCUUACGGCAAAGAUGGUCGUGAUGGAGAGCGGGGCCCCCGUGGUGUUUCCGGUACUCCCGGCGUUCCCGGGCCUCCCGGUCCCCCCGGUCUGAACAGUUACUGUGAGUCGUCACAGUGCGUCCUACCCAUGGUGGCGUCGCCGGUGUCUGCAAAGGACUCCAGCAUGAAGGGCCCCAGUGAGAUGUGAGGAGGGACUGGAGAGGACAACUGAGAGACUGGAGGAAAACUCAGUGGAAAAUUUGUCCAUUUGUCCACUUGGUUUGUACGUUUUUAUAAAAUUUGAUCCUCUCAUUUUGGGAAGUAAUUUUGUUGUCUUGAAGCCAUCUUUGUCGUUCUAAACUGACAUGAAGGUGGACACCGAACAGCACACCUCACCUUCUGGAACUCCUCUAGCUAAAAACCUCAGUGUUGCCAUCUUUGUACUGUAAAAUUAGAGGAAGUAAGAACUCACUGAAUAUGUACAAACCCGCCAGCCCCAUUUCAAUUCAAGCAACGACGAGACAAGUCUGAAAGUUCUUCUGUAUGUUUAUGUAAAUGUGUCAAUACGCCAAAUUAUACUGCUGGAUGACGUACAUUUUGUUUGUGAGUAUCUUUGUUGUUUAUCCACUUAAACGCCCCCUCUGUGCCUUUCACUCUAAAUGUAGGAUAUGUUUGAUAAUUUCUCUGUCAUGACGACUGUUGUUUCUGUGGUCGGAGGGCGGUGAUGUGCGAGAACCUCUCUGGCAGUUUUAUAUGACUUCUUAUUUAUUAUAUCAAGGUUCAAAGUGACAUCUUCGAGUUGUACAAAGGAGGAAAUAAACACAUUUUGAUAA